AUGACAGAUGUAAUGUCCCUUUUCUCCCUAAAUGGGAAAACCGCCAUCGUUACCGGUGGAACACGAGGCAUUGGCCAAGCCAUGGCUUUUGCACUGGCUGAGGCCGGUGCUGAUAUUAUCUUGAUUCAGAGAGACGAUACCAAUACAUCAACCAAGGAUGAGAUCAUUAAUCGCCUGGGACGUAAGGCAUGGAUCCACGUUGCCGAACUCGGAGACCGGAAAGCUGUCAAAGGCAUCAUUCCCGCAUUGACCAGCCAAGGCCUAAAGCCUGAGAUUCUGGUGAACUGUGCAGGGAUUCAACGGAGACACCCGGCGGAACAAUUCCCGGAUGAAGACUGGGACGAGGUUUUGGAAGUCAACCUUUCGUCGGUGUUCAUUAUGUGCCGAGAAUUUGCCGCGUAUCUACUGGCUCGCGAUGCUUCUGAAUUCCCACAGGGUCGUCGGGGCUCCAUCAUUAAUGUUGCAUCUCUGCUCACGUUCCAAGGUGGAAUUACGGUCCCCGCAUAUGCGGCAUCCAAGGGUGGCAUUGGGCAGUUGACCAAAGCGCUCUCGAAUGACUGGAUCGCCAAGGGAAUCAAUGUUAACGCGAUUGCACCUGGUUAUAUUGCUACUGAUAUGAACACCGCCCUUAUCAAUGAUGCUGCUCGCAAUGCUGGUAUUAUGGCACGCAUUCCUGCUGGUCGAUGGGGAAACCCUGAUGAUUUCAAGGGUGCCGUGGUGUAUCUAGCUAGUCGGGCGAGCAAUUAUGUGUCUGGUGAAGUCCUCACAGUUGAUGGUGGAUGGAUGGGACGAUAA